GAACAGGACAUCACUUAGACUGAACCACUCGAGAGCUGUUUGUUCUGACACCCACUGAGCGGAGAUAAGGACGUGGAUCCUGGGCUACAAGAAACAUAUAAACUGAUUGAGGCAUUUGAAUUAAAGAGAGUUUAAUUGUUGUAACAAAAGCUUUUAACCAGCCGAGGAUGGGUAAAACAGAGGACUCCGGGGAAGAGGAGAGACCCCAAUGGGACAACAAGGUGCAGUACCUGUUGACUUGUAUCGGCUUUGCAGUGGGACUUGGGAACGUUUGGCGUUUUCCUUACCUAUGCCAAAUAUAUGGAGGAGGCGCGUUCCUCAUCCCCUACACGAUAGCUCUGGUGUUCGUGGGCCUCCCCCUGCUCUACCUGGAGCUGGCUAUAGGACAGAGGCUCCGCAAGGGCAGCAUCGGUGUCUGGACCUCUAUCUCACCAAUGCUGGGUGGGCUUGGUGUUGCCUCUAUGGCGGUGUCAUUCCUGGUGGGUAUUUUCUACAACACCAUCCUGGCCUGGGUUCUCUGGUAUUUCUUUCACUCCUUCCAAAAUCCGCUGCCGUGGGCCCAGUGUCCACUAAAUGAAAAUCACACAGGUUAUAAUGUAGAGUGUGUGAAGAGCACUCCGUCAAAUUACUUCUGGUACCGUGAGACCCUGAACGUCACGCCUGACAUUGAGACAAGUGGCUCCUUGCAGUGGUGGAUGGUGAUCUGUCUGGCCAGCGCCUGGUGCGUUGUCUACAUCUGUUUCAUCAAAGGCAUCCAGUCCGUUGGAAAGGCUGUGUAUGUGACAGCCACCUUCCCUUACCUGGUGCUGACCAUUUUCCUGAUUCGUGCCCUCACUCUGCCCGGAGCUAGUGAUGGACUGUCGUACCUCUUCACUCCUGAUUGGGAGGUCCUGAAAGACCCCCAGGUGUGGCUGGACGCUGCAACCCAGAUCUUCUUCUCCCUUUCUAUAGCCUUUGGAGGUCUCAUAGCCUUCUCCAGCUAUAACGGAGAGAAAAACAACUGCGAGAGGGAUGCUCUUGUUGUUGGGAUAAUAAAUAGCGCCACAUCUCUGUAUGCCUCCAUAUCCAUCUUCGCCAUCCUGGGAUUUAAAGCAACUACUGGCUUUAACAAGUGUCUACAAGAAAACAUCUUGGAUCUGACGAACUACUUUGAGUUAUCUGACCAGAAUAUAACAUUGGAGAACUACGACCACUGGUUUAAGUAUCUAAAUCAGACGUCUCCUGAUCAGGUGGCCAACUUGCAACUGAGGCCCUGUGACCUGCAAACAUUCCUUGACGAGAGCGCCUCAGGUACCGGCCUGGCUUUUAUUGUGUUCGCCGAAGCAGUUGUAGAGAUGCCAGGCUCGCAGAUUUGGGCCAUAUUGUUCUUCGUCAUGCUCUUCAGCUUGGGCCUCUCCUCCAUGUUUGGCAACCUCGAGGGAGUCCUCAAUCCCAUCCAUGACCUUAAUCUGGUACCAAAGUGGAUCCCGAAGCAACUUGUAACAGCCAUCACGUGCUUGGUAGCCUUCCUGACGGCUCUCAUCUUCACACUGGGCUCCGGGAACUACUGGGUGGAGGUGUUUAACACCUACGUGGGCUCCGUACCUCUGCUCAUCAUUGCAUUCUUUGAGUUAAUUGGAGUCAUUUAUGUCCGUGGAAUGAAAACUUUCAGUGAAGACAUCGAGUUCAUGACUGGGAAGAAGCCCAACAUCUUUUGGAAGGCCUGCUGGAUGGUGAUCAGUCCCGUAAUGCUACUGGGUGUGCUGAUUGCCUACGUGGCCACUCAGGCACAGAAGCAUCCCACCUAUUUAGCAUGGAACCCAGAAUAUGAACUAUUCCCUUCAACUGAAGUAAAGCCAUACCCAGACUGGGUGUUUGCCAUAAUCAUCCUCCUCUCUGUGCUGCCUGUGAUUUCCAUCCCUGUGGUGUUUGUCUACAAACUGAUCAGCCAUCUGCAAAAGAGGUCCUCCACACAAGCCGAACUAAGCCCCUACUUCAACAGCGGCUUUGAGGUGGAAACGCAAGAACAGCGGAAACAGGGAGCUUAGGAUACUGUUCGAGCAACAAAACUACUUCCUGAUGAUCACGUCUGGAUUUUGCCUCUAAAAUCACAGAAGAGCUGACAUAUAAUCACACGAGCCACUUUGAACUUUUUCUAUUAACUAAUGAUGCUGUUUAAAUUAACAGGAUUCUAUAAGGACAGACAUGACAUACUACAAAUCACAGUUGUCAACUCCAAAACAAAACCGGAUUUAUUGAACAUCCAUAUUCCUUACUUUGUUAUUCACAUGAUACACAUUACACAGUAAAUUUACAUGAGCUGGAUAACAUUCAGUGUAACACAUCAAACUGAAACACAAAAUAUCGUCUUUUAUUCCGCAUUUACAACGCCUUCCAUUUGAACACAAACACUGCAGCGUAAAGAGCUGCCUCAACACCACAUUGUGCAAAACUUAUUUAACUCCCUGUAAUGGCUGACAGGUUUUCUGUGGGUUGAUUUUCAUUUCAAUUAUUUUGCAAAGUCAUGUCAUGUGUUUUUCCGUGGAAAACUACCGCAAAGUAUAAAUCAAAGUCCAGAGAGAGAAACAGCUCAGAGUUGAGACCAGGACUGCUACGGUAGCUCGAGAAAUUUGAAUCAUCCAUUUAUAUUGUUGUGGAGGUUAUUGUUCAGUUGGGUGCGUUUAUGACUUUACUUUAUCAUUUAAGUGUUUGAUAUAACGUGACUAAGAGCUGUUUUCGCUCUCUGUUGCCAGCCACUGUAACAGAUAUAUCAUAUUUGUUUUGGCACGACGACAGGUCAGAUAAUCCGAAUGACUGAUUUCAAGCCUUGAAACCUGAGGAUGAGACAAGCAAAGUAAAAAUUUUUUUUUAUAAAUAAGGUUGUAAAUAGAUAAA